UCAAAUAUUAACUUGAGAGAGGAGAGGCCUGGGGAAGGAAAGAAGGAAGGAAGAGAAAAAUGAGGGAGAAGAUGAGGCUCUGGAAGCGGGCCUCCGGGGCGCUGAAGGACCGCAACAGCUUGUUGGUGGCCAGCCUGGCCCGGCGGACGGCGCUGCGGAACCGGGACAUCGAGGCCGCGGUGAUCAAAUCCACCAGCCACGACGACUCACGCGUCGACUACCGGAACGCCCAGAGGGUCUAUUCAUGGAUUCGCAUGUCCCCCGCCUACUACUUCCAGCCCUUCGCCUCCGCCCUCAACGCCCGCAUGUCCAAGACGCGCAGCUGGGUGGUGGCGCUCAAGGGCCUCAUGCUCAUGCACGGCGUCGUCUGCUGCCGCGUCCCCGCCGUUCAGAAGGUUCCCCGCCUCCCCUUCGAUCUCUCCUCCUUCUGCGACGGCCACCUCCCCUUCGCCAAGUCCUGGCCCUACAACGCCUUCAUCCGCGCCUACUACGCCUACCUCGACCAGAGGUCGGCGUUCACCUCCGUGGAUUUGCAGGAGCGUGAGGCGCGGAGCAGAUUGGGUCGAGAGGCGCCGAUCGUGUGGGACCUUCGCAGGCUUCAGAGACUGCAGGGGUUGCUCGACACGCUGCUUGAGAUCAAGCCCCAGACGGAAGGAAGGAUCGAACUUGUCGUGCUUGAGGCCAUGGAUUGCAUCGUCAUCGAGAUUUACGAUAUCUAUAGCAGAAUCUGCAACGGAGUGGCCAAGGUUCUGGUGCGAAUAUGUUCGGCUGAGAAAGGCGAGGCGGCCGUGACUCUCAAGGUUCUGCAGAAAUCCAUCUUCCAGGGCGAGCAGCUGUCGUCGUUCUUCGAGUAUUGCAAAGGCAUCGGCGUCUUGAACGCUUCGGAAUGCCCAAAGGUGGAGCGAGUCCCAGAAGAAGACAUCCGAGAAUUGCAGCGCAUGAUCAUGGAUCCACCAGAGGAGAAAGCGAUCAUCGUGAGCGAGACGCGAGUGGAUUCGGUUACCGGCGUCUUGCAGACGGUGAUCACAGCCAAUUGGGAGGUAUUCGAUGAAGACUCGGCCAAGGCCGGUGCGAAGAUUGAUUCUGCAGCAGGCGCUUUGAUUCCGGUUCCAGCUGAUCAACAACGAUCAAAGGCAUUAAACGGUCAUCAUCAUCAUCAAGAGCUUCCGGAUUUGAUUAGUUUCUAAAGAUCGAUGAUUGUUGGAGUCGGUUGGGAGGAUGCACUUGCUUUGGGACUUAAACUGAUCAAGAAAUUCCUAGAGAACCUCUCAAUAGUCUAUACAGACGCGCGCACAUAUAUAUAUAUAUAUAUGAUGAGAGGAAGAAACAGUAGAAAUACAGAGUGUAUAGAGAGAUGCAUACGUAUGCGCAUGUAUCAGUUUGUGUCGCCAAUUUUGGAGUUUCUUGAUUUCACAUUACGUACGCUCUCUUAUAUUUUUCUUCUUCAUCCUUACGUAGCUUCUGUAGUGUAAUAUGGACGUAGUAGGAAAAAGGGCAUACUAUACUGGGCAUCAUCAUCAUCA